AUGGGAACGCUCAAUAUUUUGGAGUGCAUCCGUGAGUUCAAUCCGAACAUUCAUCGCCUUGUCUAUGCCUGUACCGAAGCGAUUUAUUGGGAACUCACUGAAAAAGGUAGGCUUUUCAAUGAACUAAUUACCGAAGACAUGGUUGCCAAAUACCAUCACAUGCCCUACUUCCUUACCAAAUGGAUUGGCGAAGAAUUAUGCAUGACAUAUCAUCACCAAUAUGGUGUGCCUUCCACAGUCUUCCGCUUCACAACCGUCAUUGAACCGAGCGAAUAUCUCAACGAAGACGGUUUACCCAAGCAAUUCGUCUUUAGUAAUAUCUAUAACCGAUACAAGAAUUAUAAAGGCGAUGAUCCUGCUGAGUUAGAGACCGCGGAUGCCGUCAAACGCCUCUGGGACGGGCAGGAGAAAUUCAUACUCAAACGUAAUCUUGACGGACGUCCCUACAAGGAGCAUUUCACUGAUGUACGGGAUAUUGUACAAGGGUUGGUUUUAGGGAUCGAAAAGGAUGCGGCUGUCGGUGAAGAAUUCACGCUCGGUGGAAAUGGCAUCUUCAAAUAUGAAGAGGUUAUCCCAUACCUAUGUGAACGUUACCAGAUGGAUUAUGUGGAUGUGAAACUCCCGCAACCUCUCUAUUUUGAGUUUGAUUUAAGCAAAAUCAAAACGCUAUUGGACUUUGAACCGCAACACGAUUUAGCGAGUAUCCUUGAUGCUGCUGAAGCGAUACGCCGUGGUGAAGAUGCAGGCAUCAUUCCGACAGGCGUCCGGUGGACCUAA